AUGCAAUUCUCUCAUCUCCUUGCUACCGCUGCCCUGGUGGGCUCCGUAACCGCCUUCACAGGCUCAAUGGCAGCCUCUGCCUAUUCGUACAGCUCUAGUGGUCUUUACGAACAGAUCAUCACCUUGACCGACUUCACCAGCGGGUCUGUCUACAUGGGCUAUCUAUGGGGAGGAUUUAACGAAUGCACGUCCACCGAGUGCACUGUUGACUUCUCUGAGAUAACCGAUGGGGAUUAUUCUUUUGCUGCUCUUAUGUGGCGCACUAGUGAUGGCUGUCAUAACAUUGACUUUGAGGGUGCUUUGAGCUCUGAGCAUGGGUAUUGUUGUGGUUCGCUGCCUUGUGACUUCACUGCUUAG